AGUCUGAACAAAAGAGACACCAGAGCGGCGAAGUUUCUCUCAUUGGAUGGACCAUGAUGAGUAACUAAUUUUCUUACUGUAACUUUACGACUUCAGCUACAUGAAUGGACCAUCGCAUUGACUUUUCAUUGCCACGAGAAUGUACCGUUAAGGAUGGGGAAACCUGUUGUUUUAUUGUGGGCAUAUGGACAGCAUCCAAGACUUAGUUGUUGGCCCUGAGACGGUAACUCCAUGCCAGAUGUCAACAUCAGCGAUUCCCUGUUUUGAAGAAGAAUGACUUUUGCUCCACAGCUUAACUCUGCGUCGCUCUGUGGAAGAUGAACCACUCCUGUCUCUCCCAGACCAGUGACACCACCAAUGUGACAGCAGAUCCACUGGGGGGCCAUGAGAUAUGGGAGGUGGUGGUGAUUGUACUCAUCACAGGGCCUCUCUCCCUGGUCACUAUCAUAGGUAACCUGCUGGUGGUGAUCUCCUUCCGGGUCAACAGGCAGCUGCGCACCUUCAGCAAUUACUUUCUGCUGAGCUUGGCGGUGGCGGACCUGAUCCUGGGAGCAGUCUCUAUGAACCUCUACGCUGUUUACAUUAUCAUGGGACGCUGGACCCUGGGCAGCCUGGCCUGUGACGUCUGGCUGGCUGUGGAUUAUGUAGCCAGCAACGCCUCAGUCAUGAACUUGCUGGUCAUCAGCUUCGACCGCUUCUACUCCAUCACCAGACCUCUCACCUACCGUGCAAAGCGCACCACACGCCGGGCAGCCGCAGCCAUCGGCCUGGCCUGGGCCGUGUCCUUCAUCCUGUGGGGGCCAGCCAUCCUGUUCUGGCCCCAUGUAGUGGGCAGGGAAGCACAGGACGCGGGUGAAUGCUCUAUCCCGUUCCUGACCGAGCCUGCUCUCACAUUCGGCACGGCCAUCGCUGCCUUCUACCUUCCUGUCACCAUCAUGGGAAUCCUGUACUGGAAGAUCUACUGGGAGAUCGAGAAGCGAGCCCAGGGUCUGGAGGGGCUAAUGGGGUCUGGGAGCAGUGGAGGGGCCUCCCAGGUGUCUGGGCGAAGGGAUGUCUACUCCAGCAGCACCAAGAGCAGUGUGAGCAGCUCCAGAGAGGUGCCUGUGGGCAGGGAGCAGAGCAGUGAGGUGUCCCAGGACUGUUUCCCUGUGAGAGAGGAGCCUAAACAGAGCAGUGAGAGGAGAAUAGCAACACUGUCAUUGUCUCCCACCAAGGGGGCCUACAGGGAGGGCUGCAGAGACAGCACCUGUAACAUAGAUGAGGAAGAGCCUACUGUCUCCCUUUCCUCCUCAGAGGAAGAACCAGAGCAGACGCAGCAGGGGGCGAGCGCUAAGACAAGCCCUAAAGCCAUGAUCCCACUCAGAGAUGCCCAGGGCAGAAACACCGUAGGGGCAAUCAAACCCCUGACAUCCAGGGCAGAGGACAGUACAGCAGGUCCACAGGGCAGGCAGCCCCCCCUAAGGGGCUCCACAUCAGACUCCAGACGCCACAAGCAGCCCAAAGCCAAGAGGAGGAGGAACACAAUUGUCAGAGAGAAGAAGGCAGCCAGGACCCUGUGUGCCAUCCUGCUGGCUUUCAUCCUGACCUGGACGCCGUACAACAUCAUGGUGCUGGUGUCAGUCUCCUACUGCGUGCCCGAGAAGCUGUGGCAGCUUGGCUACUGGCUCUGCUACAUCAACAGCACCGUCAACCCAGUCUGCUACGCCCUCUGCAACGAGCACUUCAGAGUCACCUUUAAGACGCUGCUGCUCUGCAGGCCGGGACAGAGGAACUGGGGAAUGGCUUAUAACGCCAACCAUGCCUCCUUCAGGACACACAAGACCAGCAGUACUGUCUGAACUUCUUCAAAGCUAGACACUACCCUCUAGCUUAAGAAGAGUCAGACCUGCCCUAGUAAAAGACAAUCCAUGCAAGGGGAUGAUUUUUUUGAAGGCAGAGGAAUUGCUUUUUGACUGUUCGGUAAAAAGGAAAAAGAAACAGACAUGCUAAGUAUGAUGGGCAUUGACAUGCAUAACAGUCAAUAGCAGAAAACCUACGCAGGGUAUUGCCUCAAAGUAGUCUUUCUUAAGAACAUUCCAUUGCAUAGAUCUAUGAUAAUCAUACAGUCUGUUUUUGCCCAUGACUGUCUUCAAACCUUCCUUCCUCACCCUCCCCUUCAGUUGCUCUCCAUGGAGCUGUUGGUCUGCCCGUUUUGACUUCGGGCCAGAGCCAUGAAAUGGCUUCUGUUUAUGACAUGUUUAUUGAAACAGGGUUAUGAAUUGGUCCAUAUGCCUUAAUGUUAAAUCACCACCAGGAACUUGCAAUAGAAAAAGGUAAAAAUAUAACAGACACUAAGAUUCCAUCACUGAUACUAUAGUGCUUCAGUGAUCCUGAAUGCACACUGCUGCAAUAUAGAAAAGAGGACACGGCACCAAAUACAGCCAGUGACAAAUAUUUUAUUUUC